CUGAACACCUGCGUUCAACACACCGGAAAGAGCCGAGAUCUUACGAAGGGCACGAACUCUGGUUACCUAGCAACUAGUGUUUAAAACGAAAGCUGGCCGAACGGGACACUGGUCAGGAGCAGUUUCAUACUAAAUCUAUUAUUUUUAAGCCAAAAUGUUUAACGUUGACUUACUGUCAGACCGCAUAGCUAGGACAAGUCUGCAGAGGCGCCGGGACAGAGAGACUGAAAGACAGGAGAGGAUUUUUAAUGACAAAGUCAGGACGAUUGGGGUUGACAAGGAAGCCUUAAAGAUGCAAAUAAACGAAAAAGAGAAACAAGAAAAGGCAGCAAAAGAGGAACAAAAAGCGUAUGAUGCUGAUAUGCUCCAUUAUAGCAAAGUAGCUUCCCUCCUACAUAGCAGAGAAGUGAAGGAGAAGCGUGCGAUGGAAAAGGCCAUCCGGCUUCAGAGCCAGCAGGAGUUUGACUUGAAUGACCCAGACCGCUUUAGAGAUACAGACCUUGAUGAUGCACAGAUGAUGCUCCCUGGCCUGGUGGGCGAGGAUCCGGACAGUAAGAGCAGGCAGCAGAGACAGAGGGAGCAGCUCAGAGAGUGGCUCCUCCAGCAGCAGAGCGAGCGAGCAGCAGAGAGGCAUCAACAGAAGCUGGAAGAGCUCCACUUUGACCAAAGCAGAGUAGACAUGGACAACAAAGCUCUGCAGCUUCAGAGCAUUGAGAUGGAGAGGAGGAAAGCAGCAAAUAUUGCCACUAAAGAGUACAAUCUGACCAAGAUUAAAGAGAAGCGUCGCCAGGAAGUGGAGCGUGAUGAUGAGGGAAGUCUAGGAGAAGCCCCCCCGACCCUGGUGGGAGUACCUGGUCUUGGUCCCAGCAGCGACAGGAGAGUCCCUCCACAGAGCCUGCAGCAGAUCAUCCAGUUCCAGAAAUAUCAGAUAGAGCAGAAAAAGAGGUUAGAACUCGAGGAAAAGCAAGAAGAAAAGCAACACGAUCGCGUCCGCCUGGACUCGGCUCGCACGGCUCUGUUGUUAGAGAGGCAGCAGGCCAGAAUGAACAAGCAGCUGAGACGGCACCUGGACACCACAAACAUGGAGCUGGCUGAAUUACACAAACAACAGAAACCGGACAUUGAACGAGGAUGUAUCGACGACAGCUUCUUCUCCAAGUUCAACACCUGCAGCAGAUGAUGCAGGACACUGUUUCAUUAGAAGAACACUGAAGAAACUGAAGUGCACACAGUAAAUAAAGAGUUGCUUUUAA